AUGGUUUCCGAUAUGAUGGUGCUCGACGAUGUUCCGCCGCUGGGGAUGGACGCAAGUGUCUCGUACUGGAUAGAGGCCGUGCGAAAAGUCCUUCGACAGGAGGGGCACGAAACAGCUUUUGAGAAUAUAUCCGCACACGAAACCGGCGGGUACAUCGCCGAACGCCGACCACGGAUCGCAGGCAUCCUCUUGCGACUGCUGCCCCACGCGGAGGGAGACACGCCUCGGGUUGUCGUGGUAAAACACGGGCAGAUAGUCACGCUUAGCAGGUCUGAGCGAGAGCCAGAGAUCCACCCAAAGGAGUUUGUGGAGGAUAGGAUGGAAAUCGACGAGAUCGUGAGCGAACAUCCGGUUACACCGCAAAAAGUCGGAAGGGUUUCUUUGCCUGCUGGCGCCACGGCUCUGAACUUGCAAGUCGCGCUGAAUGGAAAUGCCUAUUGCCGGCCCGCAAACGCCGAUGCCGAUUUCCAGUAUUCAGUCAUCCUUCUAGACAGCCCUCUGGACAGAUCUGCUCUCUUGAAUCUCGAAACCUCCCUUUGGGUGUGGUUCGAUGCCGAAACAUGUGCGGCUGGAUUGGAUUCGGGCCCGGUCGACCUUGGAGGUGUACUGCAGAGCAUACGUCGCCGACGGCACGAAACGUCGUACAGCAACUCCGAGGAUCUCUCUUUCGCCAGUGGAUCCGCGUGGGAACAAACAGGUAUGGAAGAGUCGCGGUAUCGCCAACUACCGUUGUUGUUGCAAGGCGGAGCCGGACCUUCCCAGAGCCCGGGACCAAAAAUAAAGAUCGAUGGCGCACCACCCCCGGUACCGCCGGGCCACCCUCAAACGAUGCCGCAUUUCCAUGGUCCACUGCGCUGGCGCCACAGUUUCGACAUCACAUGGGAAGCCAAAAACCUGCCGAAUGAACAUGACGCUGUCACACGGGUCGUCCGCGACCCGACCAUCUUCCAGAAAAUCCUCCGGGAGGCCGAUUUCACACAGGCACGGGUGGAUGACCGCACGAAGAAAUUCGGCGAAUGGAAGCUCGACGAGUAUCUCAACCAACCUAUAGAAUUCGACGUCGAGGUGGCUUUCCACCCGACCAAUCCCAGGGCCUUCGAGAUCUACAAGCAUCUCUACCACGCCGAAGAUAAAGACGACAGCGGUCUUUCACCCAAGGCGCUGGUCUCGAGUGCUAUCGGCGAACACAUAUACCACCAGAUGUUCGAGCCGUUCCGUCGAGAACCGUACAAAUGCGACAUCGCUGUGAUCGGCCGGCACGAGUUCAUGUCGGGUCACCUCAAUCUGAGGUUUCUCACCGGAGCACGUCCGGAACCUCUGCUGCAUUAUAAAACCGCCGAUAGGGUGGAUACGAGGCCCGAUCUGCACAUUGAGGAGCUCCGGAAUAACCGCUUCUGGGCCUUUUACAUGCACAACACUGGAGAGUGUGUGUAUGCGAUCGACCAGGAAACCACGAUAUAUUUCGAAGACACCGACGGCGUCAAGUUAGCCGCGGUCUCCGUCUUCGACCUAAGGAAGAAACAGAAGUUGCCAGGCCCCGGACUGGGCGAAUACGAGGCGAAAUUGUUCGAGCACAUUCCCAACGACUUGCUGAAACUCGAACCGAAACUGUGGACCCGCUUGACAAAAACCGGAAUCACAAAAAGCGAGAUGUACUACUACAUCCGGGAGGAGGAAGAACUGUACAGAAAGUUUAGCGUCACCAGGCCGAGGAAAUACUACGCUCUCAAGAACGAGGCCGAUCUCAGAGUGCUCGAGUACAAGGCUCGUUCCGCUGCGGAAUCGAGUCGAACACCCGACAGAGUCCACAUUGUGAUCUCAGAACUCCCUGCUACGUGGGAAGAAGAGAUGAUCACGCAUGACUUCCCCCAAAGGAGAGGCGAGAUUAAUAAUCACUGGUGGCUUAUGAUCUAUGACAGGACAACCGCAACCCUAUGGGACCACAACACACGUAUGCCCAAAGAGAGGAUACAAAUACGGCGGCUCGAGGUGAACCUGCAGUGGCUCAGCCGUCUGCACAACCUUGGUAUGCCCGCAAAGAUCAAAGUCAGGCAAGCGCACUCCUACCCACAGGAAGACGAUUAUAGUUGUGGGAUUCUCGCAAUCCAUACCCUGUGGAUGUUCCAUCUUGACCGUGAUGCGGCGCUCCGUGGUCAAGAGACUUUGGGGGAGAUAGACCCGAAGAGACAGUUCAAGGACGCAGCAAGUUUACGUUACACGAGCCUAGGUUUCGAAGCUAGGUCCGACAGAAAGUUCCGACAAAUGCUGAACCAAAUCUGCCAUGUCAGUCAGGAACUCAGAAGCGGGGAUUGGCACAUCAAACAGCGUGGGCGCACGGAGACCAUCCCACACACGGAGAUUCUUCGCAAUUGGUGCCCGCAGAAGUAUUUCCUUGAUCCCGCACAAACCAAUGUCGAGGAGGAGGAGGAGGGACGUAUAUUGUCUUAUAAACACCCGGAUUUUUCCGAGUGGGUCCAAUGGUUCCAAGAUUGCAAUGUCAUGGCUUUGAACCUGAUACACGGCAACCACAACAACGCGCUCGAACGCAUACGAUACCACUUGGAUCACGCUGGAGGCGUUUUAUUUUCUUUCAAAGAGCAUCCCGAUCUGAUCCUAAAACCGGCAACACAAUGCAAGGGCAAAUCGUGUCCUCACUUGAUCGAUAUUAUUCCCGUGCCCGUGAACUGCCAGGUCAUCUUGCAACCUUACGAGCCACAGACGGAGGAUAAGAAUGCAACAGUCAAGCAAAUGGCCGACCGUCGUAUUACUGCAUUGUGUACGCAGAACGACAAGGUCAUGAUUUGUCACUCGAUCGAUGGGUUUUUCUCGAGAACGAGCUUCAAUCCUAGAGAAGACAACCAGACACUAUUAGAGUUCAACGGGUACCCCUUGACCAGUGAAGAAGAAGUCGAGCAUGAGUUCCGAACGCUCAAGCUUCCAGAAUUUGGAUACUUCCAAGUCGGCGAUGACAAGUGGGGUUUUGUGACGCGGAAAGUUCCCGAUCGCAGGGUCCCCAAGCGGUGCCUUGAGAUCGAGCCGAAGAAGGUUUCGGGACACCUCAUGUGCGACACCAUCAUCAGCAGAUACCUCUCGUACGAGUUCCCACCCUCAUACAUCGGGGUUUCCCACUGGAGGGGUCAUCUGGAUCGCUUUCUGUACGCGACCACCGACUACCCACGAUAUCCCUACGAUGGAACCCGAAUCAAGCCUCUAUCUGAGACCCGGAGAAAGCCUCUAUCGACUGGGAUCGAAACGCCGAUGACGGUCCCCGAAGAAAACUGGACCGCAGAUGAUAUAAAUGUUAGCGGCGACGAGACUUUCGGGAACAGCAGCGGCAACGAAUCUUUCGGGAACGCCAGCGACGACGAGUCUUUUGGGAACGCCAGCGUCGAGAGCGCCAGUGACAACUCAUCCUGGAGUGAAACCACGCCGGACGACACGGCUAAGCCACGCUACUUCCGGGGCAACGCCACGGCGGUCAUAGAACCCAAAAGUGUCUCAAGCUUCAACUGGAACCACGUGCGUGGCACCCACCCUGAUGUCGCGGACAGAACAGCCAUGGGAUAUAUCCUUGAGCGAUACCGCCAGCGGGCGAACCGCCGGCAGGACGCCGUGGUGCCCAAGCGGCGCAAGCUCAACGCCUUCUGGGAGCCCAGGGAGCACGACGACGCCUCGUCAUCGGAGAACUCAGUCGACUACCAGCUCGAAAUCUACAUGCCGUCCGGAGUGCGGCCCCGGAGGCGACUCCGUCGCGAUCCGGACUUUGACGGGCCCAAGAAUGAGGCGCCGUUCAUGUACGAUCUGACGUCGUCGGACGACGACGAAUCGAACUUGCUCGAUCCUAGUGGCCAGACGAGAAAGAGACGCAGAGCAGAUAGGGCCACGAAGUGGUCGACGAGCCGCGCUUACGAAAGAAACGUUGGUGUCCUGGACACGGUUUUGAGGGCGGGGUGGAAGCCCGAGAAACCGUUUAUAGUGGACGAUCCGCGGCCGGGGGAUCCUGGUGGGCAACGCGGAAAAGGGCCUAAGAAGCCACAGAGGCCGCAAAAAGGUAUACGGAAGACUGGUGAAAGAGCUGUGUGUAUAGGGGAGAAGCCGACAAAACCGACGAUCAAGACGGGACGUCGAAGAGCUGAUGCAUCAGAUGGGGAAGAUGGGGAAGAUGGGGAAGAUGGGGAAGAUGUGGAUGUGACGGAGGAAGCGGAGGCGGCGGCGAAGAAGAAAGAGGAGGAGGAGAAGAAGAAGGCUGAGGAAGCGGCAAAGAAGAAGGCUGAGGAAGCGGCAAAGAAGAAGGCUGAGGAAGCGGCGAAGAAGAAGGCUGGGGAAGCGGCGAAGAAGAAAGAGGAGAAGGAAAAGAAGGAGGCGGCAGCGGCGGCGGCGACAGUAGCGAAAACCGCGGCGGAGACGGCGGCAAACGCGUCCACGGAGGCGGAAGCAGCGGCGAAAGCGGCGGGGGCAGCCGCGACGAAAAAGAAGGAUAAGACCGCGAAAGCAGCGGCGUUGGCAGCGGCGAACAAGGCGAGAGCCGAAGCGACGGCAGCGAAGAAAGCGGCAACGGCCGCUGCCAAAGCCGCGGCAGAUGCGGCGAGAGCGGCGGAGGCAGGAAAUGUCGAGGCGGCGGAGGCAGCGGCAGAAUUUGCAGAGAAUCAGGCGGAAAUUGCCACGCAGGCGGCUACCAAUGCACAAGAAAUCGCCGAGACAGCGCAGAAGCCGGAAGUGAAGCCAAAGGGGACAAAAGAAACUCCGGAGGCGCGGAAGCAGAGACUAGCAGACGAGAAGAGUGAACAGGAGAGACAGAGGCUGGCCGCUAAUGGUGAGGAAGUCGACCUCCACAACCAAUCCACUUGGAAAGAGCAUAAAAACAGCACAUUCAAGUUUUGCCCAGGUGACUAA